GUCAAGCGACAGGACAACGAUGAAUGGAAUCAUAGUCCGAAAUUGUAGUGCCGAUGAACAGAGCACCACGUGGAUAUUAAAAGAAUCCCAAUCGUAGAUCGACUCCCGAUUCGAUUGUUGACAGAGCUGAUCUGCUUCCAGUUAGUGCGCAACUCCAGUUGCUAGCGUUAAAAACAACCUAAUGAGCAAAGGGCUCUUGCAAGAGAGAUUGCUCGCUUGUGCGACCGGACAUGAGAGUAUGCAAUUCUCACCAACGCCGCUGGAAGAGCCGCGGUGGGAUCGCACGGUGAAAGUCGUCGUCUCUCCCGCCACGGCUACGGUCUCGAGACCUUCUACAGAUCGCGCGACGGAACACGACAGCCAUGAGGGCAACGGGGACACGCCCAUGGAUAGGCCGCUAAAUCCGAUAGUCGGUUGUUUGAGCAUGGAAGCCGGAGAACCUACUCAACAAGCAGAACACGCGGGAGUUGGCGAGGAGGUGUUGGAAAAGACGGCCUAUGUGGAGGAAGGAGCAUCAGUGCUAGGAGCCGAGACGCUUGUUCCGGAUGCUGCCUCUGAAGAUGAGCGCGAUGUUCCGAUGAUCACGACAACAAUUCCAGCUUACGCAAUUCCACCAAUAUCCGUGCCGAGCAACCAAAAGAACACGGACGUUGAUACGAACACGACUGAAGUACCGCCCUUUGCCAUGGGAGAUCACGUGUAUCGCUUGACGGGACCGUUUGGAUUCUCCCAGCAUCACGGCAUCGUACUGACUUCCCCCCACACAGCCGAACUCGAAAAAGCCGACGUGGAGGCUUUGGAGUCCGUCGAUAAUCACGAGACGCCCAAAAAAACUGACGUCGCACUCACCUCACAGUACGUUCGAGAGUAUCGCACGUCCGAUUCCACGGUGACUUGGCACAAGGUACAGUAUCACGCACGCUGGCUGCGCCGUCAUUUCGGUCGUAGUGGAACGUGUACCGCAGCCGCAGCCGACGCUCCGGGUAUGGUUCGAGCCCGGGUGGACUUUCUUUUGCAUCACCCCGAGGCCUUACCGCUUUAUCACAUGCUCCAAGCCAAUACGGAGUGUGUCGCGGUUUGGUGUCGAACUGGUACAUGGGCUACGUUGCAAGCCACGUCUUGGUUAGCCGUGACGGCGGCGGGACAAGCCAAGUCGGCCGCGACGCUAGCAACCGUCGCCGCGUCCACCACCGUCACUGUUCCUGCGGCCGGACUCUGGGGUUGGAUGGGCUACACCUCCCAGGCUAGUUUGGCCGUCACCUAACCGCACCUUCUACCGGCCAUUGCCGCCUACGGAGCCGUGACGGUGGGACUCCCGCUGUUGUUUCUCCAAAAGGCCAAGCAAAAAUGGAAAGACGUCACGGUUCAACUCAAUACGGCCUUUUGGGACUGGGCUCAGUCGUCGGAGGACUUUGUCGAGUCUCUGCUGCAGUGGAGCAGCCAACACGAUCCUGUGGUUCUUGUCGACUAAAGAGACAGGAUCAAUG